AAGAUUUCAUGACAUUAUCUAUAAUGGAAAUUAAAUGCGAACCGACCGAACACAGGCCGCCAAUCGGGUUGACUGCCGAUAAAGAUUUGGUCACAGCUGGGUUACUCUUGGUUAUCUUCAGACACCAGUACUGUGGCCAAUGUCUUGAGUUUUUGGUGGACAAAGACAUCGAAAGGAUGUGUAAUUGUCAUUAUCAGGGGUUCGUCGACUGCAUCCAUGAGCUGCUGCAGGUGCGACCGCAGGCCAAACAGCUGCGCGAAGAGAUCAUCGCCACCAAUCAGGAGCUCCAGAAGAGCAGCGAAAACGUGUUACGCAAAGCCGAAGAGCUGAUCAAAUACCGUCGGGUGGUGUCCAACACGUCGCUCGCCAUCGAACACCUCCAGCAGUGCCUCCCAGUGCUCGACAUGUACUCCAAGUUGGAGUCACAGAUGGACGAGAAGAAGUACUAUCCGGCCCUCAAGACGCUGGAACAGCUGGAGUCGACGUAUUUGCCGCGAGUGUCUAAAUACCGGUUCGCGCAGAGUAUGUGCGCCAAAAUACCGCAGAUUCGGGAACAGAUCCAAACCGAGUCGAAGACCGAUUUGACGGACUUCUUGGAGAAGAUUGUGAAUCUGUCGGUCAGAAUCGGCGAAAUGGCGAUGAAAGCGGUCGCACACCAGCAGAACGUGGACUCGUCGGCCCUGUCGUCGGCCAUCACCAGCACUGCCACUGGAGUCACAACAAUAUCGGUCACAACAAACGGCGAAACCGAAACCCCAGAAGCGAAGAGCGCCGCCGCCGCCCAACCCUUCGGCGACGACACCGAAGACUCGGAGUCCACACACACGGAGUCGGACGCCAACAAUACGGGCAGCGAAGAGGAGUUAAGUGCCACCGAUUUGGUGGACUUCUCGCCAGUGUAUCGGUGUCUGCAUAUCUUCGGCUGUCUGGGCGCUCGGGAACAGUUCGAGAGGGACUAUCGCGAGCAACGCGUAAAACAGGCAAAACUGGCGCUUCAGUCGCCGAUCCCGAAGAGGCCGACAAUCGACGACUACAACGCCUACAUGUGUCGAAUCGCGGGCUUCUUCGUCAUAGAAGACCACAUAAUGAACACAUCCACUGGUCUCGUGACCAAAGACUAUUUGGAUGAGGUGUGGGAGACGGCGCUGCAGACGGUGAUCGUGUCGAUGGGCACACACUGUGCCCAAUGCGAAGACGGACAGCUGAUGCUCAAAAUCAAACACUUGGUUAUGCUCUUCAGUUAUACGCUCCAGAGUUACGGCUAUAACGUCUCACUACUCGUCAACCUAUUGGUCGAGACGCGCAAGAAGUACGACGAGUUGCUUAUGAAACAAUGGGUGGACGUGUUUAAGGCCAUCUUCGACGCCGACACCUAUCAUCCCAUACAAGUGAACAGUCAGUCCGAGUAUAUGGAAGUGUUGAGUGACUUUCCAUACUAUGAGACAGAAGUGGCGGCUAAUAAUCAGUCGUCCGCUGAGUUUCCCAAACGCUUUCCGUUUUCGUUAUUUGUGCCAAAAAUCUAUAAAGAAGUGAAACAAUUCAUAAUCGCGUGUCUUAUGUUCAGCGAAGACCUGAAUANAAUCACAAUCAACACCAACUACUUGGAGGACUCGUCCGUCUAUUUGGAGAGCUUUAUCACCAAAACGAUCAUUCAGUCGUCGAUGGCGUCCGUCACGUCGCCCAACAGUCUGAACGACUCGUCACAUUUGGCCCGACUUCAGGGCCGCACUAUGUUUAAGGACAUCCGUUCGGACGCCGAGUCGAUGAUCUACGAGCGGCUCAACGACAAGAUGGACGAGUUCUUAGAGUUAGCCAAUUAUGACUGGAUGUUAGUGGAGUCGCCGGGAAUGGCCUCUCCCUAUGUGUCCGAUUUGAUCGCAUUCCUCAAGAGUACGUUCGAGGCGUUCACUAAUCUGCCCCUCAAAGUGGCCCAAACGGCGUGUCAGUCGGCGUGCGAUCACAUGGCCUCAGCUCUGCUCCACUUUCUGAUGGACGACGACGUGAAGUGCGUUUCGUGGGGUUUCCUCCAGCAGUUCAAUCUGGAUCUGAUUCAAUGCGAACUCUUCGCCAGCAGUGAACCCGUCGGCGGCUUCGAAGAGGGAACUCUUCACAUGAGUUUCGCUCAAUUGCGACAACUCAUGGAUCUGUUCACCGAAAUGGACUCUUGGAGUGUCUAUUUCGCCGAUUACGGCAAACAGGAGUCCCGUUAUCUUCGCGUCAAUCCCUCCACAGCUCUCACGCUAUUAGAAAAGCUGAGAGAAGGCGAGAAGAAGAAGACUAUCUUCUCGUCGCUCACGAAGAAUGAAAGAGAGAAGAAGAGUAAAAGCGAUACUGUAGUCAAGAAACUCAAACAACUCAUCACUAAUAACGCCAUUAAUAAUAGU